GAGGAGGAAGCGCGACGAGGACAGGCACGACAUCAACAAGAUGAAGGGUUACACCCUGCUCUCCGAGGGCAUCGAUGAGAUGGUGGGCAUCAUCUACAAACCCAAGACCAAGGAGACCCGCGAGACCUACGAGGUGUUGCUCAGCUUCAUUCAGGCGGCUCUCGGGGACCAGCCGCGCGACAUCCUCUGCGGAGCCGCCGACGAGGUCCUGGCGGUCCUGAAGAACGAGAAGCUGCGCGAUAAGGAGAGGCGGAAGGAUGACAACAUCGAUGAGACGUACGGGGUGAACGUGCAGUUCGAGUCCGACGAGGAGGAAGGCGAUGAGGACAUUUACGGCGAAGUGCGUGACGAAGCGUCCGAUGACGACAUGGAGGGAGACGAAGCCGUGGUCCGUUGCACCCUCUCGGCCAACACUGCCAGCGAUGACCGGGAAUGUGAGAACCAGCUUGUUCUGCUCCUGGGCUUUAACACCUUCGACUUCAUUAAGGUCCUGCGGCAGCACCGGAUGAUGAUCCUGUACUGCACUUUGCUGGCCAGCGCACAAAGCGAAGCUGAAAAGGAACGGAUAAUGGGGAAGAUGGAAGCGGAUCCCGAGCUCUCGAAGUUCUUGUAUCAGCUGCACGAGACAGAGAAGGAGGAUCUCAUCCGGGAGGAACGCUCUCGCCGGGAGCGCGUUCGUCAGUCCCGGAUGGAUACCGACUUGGAGACCAUGGAUCUGGACCAAGGAGGAGAGGCGCUGGCUCCCCGGCAGGUGCUGGACUUGGAGGAUCUGGUGUUUGCCCAAGGUAGUCACUUCAUGGCCAACAAGCGAUGCCAGCUCCCCGACGGCUCCUUCCGCAGGCAGCGCAAGGGCUACGAGGAGGUGCACGUGCCCGCCCUGAAGCCAAAGCCUUUUGGCUCCGAAGAGCAAUUGGUUUCUGUGGAAAAGUUGCCCAAAUACGCCCAGGCUGGAUUCGAGGGGUUUAAAACGCUGAACCGUAUUCAGAGCAAACUCUACCGUGCCGCGCUGGAGUCGGACGAGAACUUGCUGCUGUGUGCUCCCACGGGCGCCGGGAAGACCAACGUGGCCCUCAUGUGCAUGUUGCGAGAAAUAGGGAAACACAUUAAUAUCGACGGAACCAUCAACGUGGACGACUUCAAGAUCAUCUACAUCGCCCCCAUGAGGUCCUUGGUGCAGGAGAUGGUGGGCAGCUUCGGGAAGCGCCUGGCAACUUACGGCAUCAACGUGGCGGAGCUGACGGGGGAUCACCAGCUGUGCAAGGAGGAAAUCAGCGCUACCCAGAUCAUCGUCUGCACCCCGGAGAAGUGGGACAUCAUCACCCGCAAGGGAGGAGAACGCACCUAUACCCAGCUGGUGCGGCUGGUCAUCCUGGAUGAGAUACACCUACUGCAUGAUGACCGAGGACCCGUCCUGGAGUCUCUGGUAGCCAGAGCCAUCCGCAACAUCGAGAUGACUCAGGAGGACGUGAGGCUCGUUGGCUUGAGCGCCACCCUCCCCAACUACGAGGACGUGGCGACGUUCCUGAGGGUGGACCCGGCCAAAGGCUUGUUCUAUUUUGAUAACAGCUUCCGACCAGUGCCGCUAGAGCAGACCUAUGUGGGUAUUACAGAGAAGAAAGCAAUCAAACGCUUCCAGAUAAUGAAUGAGAUUGUUUAUGAGAAGAUCAUGGAGCACGCUGGAAAGAACCAGGUGCUGGUGUUUGUUCACUCCAGGAAGGAGACUGGGAAGACAGCCCGGGCCAUCAGGGACAUGUGCCUGGAGAAAGAUACCCUGGGCCUCUUCUUGCGGGAGGGCUCAGCCUCCACCGAGGUCCUGAGGACCGAAGCUGAGCAGUGCAAGAACCUGGAGCUGAAGGACCUCCUUCCUUACGGCUUCGCCAUUCACCACGCCGGGAUGACGCGAGUGGACCGGACGCUGGUGGAGGAUCUGUUUGCCGACAAGCACAUUCAGGUGCUGGUCUCCACAGCCACGCUGGCCUGGGGGGUGAACCUGCCUGCUCACACCGUCAUCAUCAAGGGGACGCAGGUGUACAGCCCCGAGAAGGGGCGCUGGACCGAGCUGGGUGCUCUGGACAUCCUGCAGAUGCUGGGGCGUGCCGGGAGGCCUCAGUACGAUACCAAAGGAGAGGGGAUCCUCAUCACGUCCCACGGCGAGCUGCAGUAUUACCUGUCCCUGCUCAACCAGCAGCUCCCCAUUGAAAGUCAGAUGGUGUCGAAGCUCCCGGACAUGCUGAAUGCGGAGACUGUGCUCGGCAAUGUCCAGAACGCAAAGGACGCAGUGAAUUGGCUGGGCUAUACCUACCUGUACAUCCGAAUGCUGCGCUCCCCCACUCUCUACGGGAUAUCCCACGAUGAUCUGAAGGGGGAUCCGCUGCUGGACCAGCGCCGCCUGGAUCUGGUUCACACUGCAGCCCUCAUGUUGGACAAGAACAACCUGGUGAAGUACGACAAGAAGACGGGGAACUUCCAGGUGACAGGGCUGGGCCGCAUCGCCAGCCACUACUACAUCACCAACGAGACGGUGCAAACUUACAAUCAGCUCCUGAAACCCACCCUGAGUGAAAUCGAGCUGUUUCGGGUCUUCUCGCUGUCCUCGGAGUUCAGGAACAUCACCGUGAGGGAGGAGGAGAAGCUCGAGCUUCAAAAGUUGCUGGAGCGAGUUCCCAUCCCGGUGAAGGAGAGCAUAGAGGAGCCCAGUGCCAAGAUCAACGUGCUCCUCCAGGCCUUCAUCUCCCAGCUGAAGCUGGAAGGGUUUGCUCUCAUGGCAGACAUGGUGUACGUUACCCAGUCUGCUGGGCGGCUGAUGCGUGCCAUCUUCGAGAUCGUCCUGAACCGUGGCUGGGCCCAGCUCACCGACAAGACCCUUAACCUCUGCAAGAUGAUUGACAAACGGAUGUGGCAGUCCAUGUGCCCUCUGCGCCAGUUCAAGAAACUGCCUGAAGAAGUGGUGAAGAAAAUCGAGAAGAAGAAUUUCCCGUUUGAACGCCUCUAUGACCUGAACCAUAACGAAAUAGGGGAACUGAUCCGUAUGCCCAAGAUGGGCAAGACUAUCCACAAAUACGUUCACCUCUUCCCAAAGCUGGAGCUCUCGGUCCACUUGCAGCCUAUUACCCGCUCCACCCUGAAAGUAGAGCUCACCAUUGCCCCCGACUUCCAGUGGGAUGAAAAGUUUGUGCCCGUGUUUGAGCCGCUGCCCCCACAGUACUUCAUCCGGGUGGUCUCCGACCGCUGGCUCUCCUGUGAGACCCAGCUGCCCGUUUCCUUCCGCCACCUGAUCCUCCCUGAGAAGUACCCUCCUCCGACGGAGCUGCUGGAUCUGCAGCCGCUGCCCGUGUCGGCUCUGCGAAACAGUGCCUUUGAGAGCCUCUACCAGGACAAGUUCCCUUUCUUCAACCCUAUCCAGACUCAGGUGUUUAACACGGUUUAUAACAGCGACGACAACGUGUUCGUGGGUGCCCCCACGGGAAGCGGGAAGACCAUUUGUGCCGAAUUCGCCAUCCUGAGGAUGUUGCUCCAGAACUCGGAGGGACGCUGCGUCUACAUCACCCCCAUGGAGGCCCUGGCAGAGCAGGUCUUCUUGGACUGGUACGAAAAGUUCCAGGAGCGUCUCAAUAAGAAGGUGGUCUUGCUGACGGGAGAGACGAGCACAGACCUGAAGCUGCUGGGCAAAGGGAACAUCAUCAUCAGCACCCCUGAGAAAUGGGACAUCCUCUCGCGACGCUGGAAGCAGCGCAAGAACGUCCAGAACGUCAACCUCUUCAUCGUGGACGAAGUGCAUCUCAUCGGGGGCGAAAAUGGGCCGGUGCUGGAGGUCAUCUGCUCCCGCAUGCGCUACAUCUCCUCCCAAAUCGAGCGCCCCAUCCGCAUCGUGGCCCUCAGCUCGUCCCUGUCCAACGCCAAGGACGUGGCUCACUGGCUGGGCUGCAGCGCCACC